AUCUACAAAGGGUAGACUUAGUCACAUUCAUGUUAUUAUUAUCUUCACAUACUUUGGCGCGAAUUUACAAUUUUGUAAAGAACAAAAUGAAAGGAAGUUAACCUAACUUUGCUUUUCAUACUCAAAUCUGUUAAAUAUUUUCGAAACAAUGAACGGAAAUAACGAUGAUAACAUAGAAACUAUAGAAUGUUUGAAUGAAUAUUUAUCAACACACAAUAAUUCUGAGCCAUUUUCUUAUUUUUCCAAAGUCCCCGACGACUGCAAAACGUAUCCCUGUGUACUAGGAAUCGAUGAAGCUGGACGAGGCCCCGUCUUGGGGCCAAUGGUAUAUGGAACGGCAUUUUGCUGUAUCAACUCAAUGCAAAUCUUGGCGAAUUUGGAAUGUGACGAUUCCAAAGCCUUAACCGAAGAAAAACGGGUAGAAAUACUUUCCAACUUAUUGAAACAACGUAAUAAAGUAGGUUGGGGAGUGGAGGUAAUAUCCCCCACAUUUAUCUGUAACAGUAUGUUAAGCAGAAGCAAGUAUUCCCUCAAUCGAGUAUCCAUGGACUCAGCAGUUGGUCUGAUAAGAAAAGCUGUUGAAAAUGGCGUUAAUAUUAACGCUGUAUACGUGGAUACAGUAGGACCCCCUGAAAAAUACCAAGCAUAUUUGGAGAGCUUGUUUCCAAACUUCAAAAUAACAGUUGCCAAAAAGGCUGAUUCAACAUAUCCAAUAGUAUCAGCUGCCAGUAUUUGUGCCAAAGUAACAAGAGACCAAGCUCUGAAGGUAUGGAAAUUUUCUGAAGAUCUGGCUGAAGCUGCAUCAUCUUUUGGAAGUGGUUAUCCUGGGGAUCCGGUGACAAAAAAGUUCUUAUUCGAUUUCUGCGAUCCAAUCUUUGGAUUCCCCCAAUUAGUGAGAUUUAGUUGGUCUACUGCCAGUACAGCAUUAGAGGAAUCUGCUUACCAUGUUGAAUGGGAAGCUAUCGAAGAAGAUGAAAAACAAUCCAAGAAAAGCAGAACCCUGAUGACCUCCUUUUUUAACAUGACAAAGUCAGAAACUGAUUCAAAUGUUCAAAAACAUAAUUUUUUCAAACGCAGAAAUUUAUCGUCGACGUUAGAAUUGUAAUUAUAUUUAUUUAUAUUGUACCUUCACGCGAAUAAUAAAAUUCCUUAUUUUUGCAGUA